UUUACCAAAACUAAUUGUGACUCACUCGCACUUGUUUUACCAUGCUUUACGUCAGCUUCAUGAAAUUACUUCAAGUUUUGAUUGGUUCACCCUUUAUUGUCUGUGUCCUUUGUGAUCGGCUAGUCUAAGAGUAGUUUUACAAGAGUCACUUUAAAACUGCCCUGAAGAAAUAUAUUAAAUAAAUAUUUUUACUGUUAGAUUCCUGAGUUAAUUAGACUUCUGAUUCUGUUUUUACAGCUUACAGACUGAAUAGGGUUAACACAGAAUGGAUGGUAACAACAAAGCCCUACGCUUCACCAUUGAAAUCUUCAGUGCCCAAUUUGUGACUGCAGGACGUUAUUUCCUUAUACUGCGAAUCAUAGGAAGCAAAGUUAAUCGCUCAAAGUUGAAACUUUUUGUGGGUAAUUCAAAAUUACCUUUGGAAGAUCAUGAGUUUACCACAGAUGCCUGUUUAGAGGAUGGUGAUCCUGAAACCUUUGCAUCUUUCACAGAUUCAGUAAUCUCAUUUUGGAUGCCUCCAGAGAGUGCUGAUGGAGACAUUCAACUUGUGGUGGAAGCAUUUCGACUUCCAGAGAAUCCCAUGCAUGAAGGAGACAAGUAUGGAGAGGCUGUGUUUAAUGUAUUUCCAAGAAGGGGUGCUAUUUUCUCUGCAGUGGAACGGACAACACCACCACCUGAAGAUUCCAGUGAGCUGUAUCAGUUUGAGACCAAUAUUACUUUAAGUCAAGUACAGGAAGGUGAAGGAUUUUGGAUCAACUCUGGUGUCAUAAGAACUUCUUUGAAACUUAAAUAUGAAGAACCUGAGCAAACAAGACAGGACCCACAGAACAUAGGCCAUGGAAUUGCAGAGGACAGUUCUGUUUUUAAGAAGAAAAGAGAAAGAGAUACGAUACAUGAACCUGUCAAAAAGCCACAGCCUCUUCCAGUUCCCAGGGAACCUCAGCCAGGUCCCUCAACUGCACCAGAUACUCCUAUUGGAAUUAAAACAAUCCAGGAGGCAGCCCUUGGUUCACAUGUAAACAGUAUACCUGUGCAUCAUUUGUGUGGGAGCUACACAGCUAGGGAAGGCUAUUGUGAAGUGGUUGUUCUAGCUCAUGGAGCCCUAGGACUGCCAUUUAAAUCAGAUGGAAGACCUCCUCAGCCAUACAUUGUAGGGAAGUCUGGAAAAGCUGAAGCUCAGAUGCAAAUGGGACAGUCUGUUACCCAUGCUGCUAUUCAGCCAACACAUUCACCAUCUUGGGAGGAGCUGCUUUUGGUUGAGGUCAAGGAGGAAGAAUCUAAAGAUGAAGGUUUGUCAUCUGAGACAGAGUAUUUAUGUAGCAAUUUUGGGGUGAUAAUUUGGAGUUGUUUCUGCAUUUGGCAGCCCAACCCAGAGCUUAGUGGUGACAUCAGACUGUACAUCACCUUGAUGAAGAAGUUGGACAAGCUGCCACUUUCCUCAGUUGGUUCAAAGAUGUAUGGCCUGGAGGUUUUGCUUUGUGGCCUGGAUGCUCCAGUCAGUAGCCAAAUGGGUCCACUAGUUGCAACUGGAAGAAUUGUAUCCAACUGGACAGAAUACAACGAAACCAUGCUAUCUGCUCAGCCACGAUCAGCCGGGGUAACAGUAACUACCAUUCACUUCCCGUCACCACACCCAACUUCGUUUGCCGUAGCAGGGGCGACACAUGUGUAUGGAGCUCCUCAGGUGACCACAGCUGGUGAUCCUCAAGAACAGCCUCAGUGGAAUCAGACUAUGUUCUUUCUUGGUGAUGAGUCCAGUCUGUUUACUGCCACAUCAGCUUUGGUUGUGGAAUAUUAUCCAUCUUCACUAGCCAUGACAAGAGAUUGCUGGCAACUAUCAAGCCCUGUUGGUUACUCUUAUCAAACAAUGGAUCAACUAUUACUCUCGAGCUUAAAGUGGGACAGUGGGAGGCUGGGUCUCAGGGUGGACAAUCUACCUUUUGAGGGUUCCAAUCUAAGAACAGCUGUAGGCACUGGUCCCACUGUUGGAAUGGUACUCAGACUUGUCACCAGUGAGAGACCUGACCAGCUGUUAUCUGCUGCCCACUUGUCAUCAUUACCAGUAUUUAGAGCAGCACCUCAGACAUCGCAGUUAGGACAGCCCUUAUCUACUCAGAAGCCGGAGCCAGCAGAACAGGUACCUUAUGGCCUUCCUCCAAUGAAUGCUGUUAAGACUAUUCUGCCGCAGUUUCACUCUUUGUAUAAUGCACCGAAUACAGAACCCGUCAAGGAAUAUGUCCCUCUUGCGAAUGUGUUAACCCCACCAGAAAGAGGGCUGAACUCCUUUAAUGCACUAAGCUUUUUAUGGGAUUUACAGGAAGUGGAUCGCUACAGAACGGCAAUGAGAAAGAUGGCGACGGAUCUUCUUCAUGUGCGAGAAGAUUGCAAGCGAUUGGAGGAUGCUAAUAGCAGGUUAAGAAGAGAACUGGGCCAGCAUGACGAGAUAUCCAGACUGAUGGUCAGUUCAAAAGACUUGGACAAUGUCACCCACUCUGAACUGGUGCAGAAGUUUGUACUCUUAAAAAAGAAGCUAGCAGAUGAAUCAUCAAAGAAACAAGAACUACAGUCAAGACUUCAACGUCUACAGAACGACCUCAUCAAGAAAAAUGAGAUGGAAAAGGAGUUUUUGAAGCUACAAGAAGCUCACGAAGGCCAACAAGCGCUUUUACAAAAGUUACAGGGAAAACUACAGAAGGCAACGACAAUUCAAGAUACUUGCAAGAAACAAGAAAAGGUUAUCGUGCAACUUGAGCAGCUUUUGGCCAAACACGGGAAAGGACAGUACAAUGGAGUCUCUGUAGAGGGUAGUGAAACAUACAGGACUCUUAGUGAAGAGAACAUGAAGCUGCAAGCAGAAAUAAUGCAAUUAAAGGAACAGCUGAGAAAGUCUGAAGCAAAGCAGAAGAAACCAAGAUCCCCUGGUCAACAUGUAACGAGUAAUGGACCAAUUUCUGAUGCGGAACGCCUAGAGCUUUUUGAAAAACUGGAAAAAGCAGACGGCCGAAUUCUUGCACUUGAAAAACAGUUGGCAGAUAACGUGAGAAAAUGGGCGAAAGAUAAAGCCGAAUUACAGAUGAAAUUAAAUGAAAGUGUUGUGGCUCAGAAAACGGGAUACAAGAGUUCGUCCACCUCUAUAGACAUUCUGGACUGGCAUAAUGGGUCCAAGCCGAACUCGCCCUCAAAACCUUUGGGCCCUCGGAGACCUUCUCCAAAGCUGGAUCCAUUGGAGAGAAGAUAACGCCGUGAGCUCAGCCCAGUCUGAAACGGACAAUGCCGUCAUCUGGAUGAUUGGGUUCUAGCUAUACAUCAUUGGUUAUGCAAUCGUGUAACCCUUGUUAAUCUCAUACAGCCAGUCGCUAGCGAGCAAUCGGUGUCUGGGAUAACAGAGGCGGGACUAAUGUUACAGGACUUUGUUUAUUAACCCAGCUUCGCGCCUGCGCUUGCCAUGUCGUUCGUGCCCGUAAAGAAGCACAAUCUGCGUCACAAUUAGUUGAGACACUACUUCACGUUAGAAUACAUGCAUUCAGGUUUGCAUCUCUCCCGUCCCCCUCACUGUUGAGUAAAGCACUUUGUUUUGUCUAAACUUGCUCGUGUAAAUACUGAAGUAGGGGGAGGAAAUGUUUGCCAACGAUUUUGACAACUGAGGAAGCUAGAAGGACUAAAAUCAUUUUGGUGUAAAACAACUCUUUCGUUUGCUUUCAGCGUAUCAUCGUAUCAGCGUACAUAUCUGUCGUACUUAGGAAUUUUAUUUACAAUUAAAUUAAAACCAGUUGUGGUAAUAAAGUUGUAAGUGCAAUGCUGAAUGGUCCAAGGGCGACAGCAGUCAUUUUGAAUUCUCCAUCCUUUCAAAUAUCCUGGACU